CACCCCAUCCAAACGGCAUUGCCUUCCUCUCUUGCUUUCUAUGCGCGUGCUUCGCGCAGGUCCCUAGAACGUAGAGAGGGAUGAUGGCGGAGGAAGAGCAUCGUUGAGUCCGCGCACGGUUUUUAAAUAUAACAAACAUACUGUAGGUUAAUAACAUUAACAUCGGUGGUCUCCCUAAGAAGAGGCGAUGGGGAACGAAGCCAGCCUCGAGGGAGGGGGACAACCCGGGGAGCCUGGCUCCAUGGUUGGGAUGGCGGGAGCUGCAGGUUCCGUUUCAGCACCACCGGGCGCUGGACAGCACAUCAAGCCCGUGAACGGUACUGCAGCUGGGGGAGGAGCGGUCACGGGACCCGGAGCAGGGAUAAACAGGCUGGCUGGGGGAAGUCCCAAACCUGGAGGAAUGGGUAUGGGUGGAGGUAUGGGUGGGGGUAUGGGUGGAGGUAUGGGUGGUGGGAUGGGUGGGGGUAUGGGUGGGGGUAUGGGUGUUGGCAACAGGGGAGUAGACCCUUACAGGCUGGCCACUCAUGAGAGCCCACACGCUCCCCAGCCGUCACCCAGCCCGUCCCCCACCCCGGCCCAGAUGUCAGCAGGCCAGGGCCCGGGGCAGCAUGCCUCCAGACGGAACCUCCAGGUGGACGUCAGCCGCUCCGGCCGCUCCGGCCGCUCCCCCUCCGUGUCCCCAGACCGGGGCAGCGCCCCCAGCUCACCUUACUCCGUGCCACAGAUCGCGCCCAUGCCCAGCAGCAAGCUGUGCCCCGUCUGCAACACCACCGAGCUCACCACCGCUCACAACGUACCCAACUUCAACAAGUGCACCCAGUGUCGCACCACCGUCUGCAACCAAUGUGGCUUCAACCCCAACCCACACCUCACAGAGGUGCAGGAGUGGCUGUGUCUCAACUGUCAGAUGCAGAGAGCCUUGGGGAUGGACAUGACCACUCCGCGCUCCAAGAGCCAACAGCAGAUCCACUCUCCCUCUCACAAGCCCAAGCCCCAUGCUGAGCCUCUGCCCCAGGCGCAGGCCCAGCCUCCAGCCCAGCCCAAGCCACAGCCACUGCCUCAUCCGCAGCAUCAGCCGCAGCAUCAGCCGCAGCAUCAGCCGCAGCAUCAGCAGCAGCAUCAGCCGCAGCAUCAGCCGCAGCCACGGAUCCCUCAUCCCGGGGCGGUGCCUCUCCCCGGCCUGGUCAAAGCCCCGUCCCAGCCUGACUUGGGCCGCGGCUCGCCAGUGCACUAUGGAGGAAGCCACCGCCCAGAUCAGAUCCGCAGCGCCGGGAGCUCGCCGGCCCGCAAGCCUGCGGCGGCCCAAGAGCAGGCGCAGGACGGUCUGACCAAGCUGUUUGGCUUUGGGGCUUCGCUGCUCAACCAGGCCAGUACCCUCAUCUCCGUGGACCCGCUGCCGGGCUCCUCGCCCCAACCAUCCCCGGCACGCUCUGCCACCGGUGGGCCCCGUGUCCUCUUCAGUGACGGCUCCUCCGGUGCCAAAGGCCCCGGACCACCAGGGGGCACCGCCAAGCCAGGGGGAGCUCCCUUCCAGCAGGGCCCCCACGCGCCACCGCAGAGGCAGCCUGGGCAGCAGACGCCAGUACAGCACGGCUCCCCGGCUCAACAGCAGAAGCCUCCCAUGCAGCAGCAGCAGCAGCAGCAGACACCGGCACACCAGCCCAAGAUGCCGCUGCAGCAGCAGCAGCAGCAGCCGAUGCCACCCAAGCAGGAGGCAGCCCCCAAGCCCAAGCCCAAAGUCAACUGCCCACUCUGUAAGACAGAGCUCAACAUCGGCUCGGCUGACCCGCCCAACUACAACUCCUGCACUCAGUGCCACACGCAGGUGUGCAACCUGUGCGGAUUCAACCCCACGCCACACCUGGUGGAGAAAAAAGAAUGGCUCUGCCUGAAUUGUCAAACCCAGAGGCUAAUGUCGGGUGGGCUCGGAGACAUGCCUCUUCCUGUUCCCCAGCCGUCUCCCAAGCACCAACCAAUGGGAUCGCCUCGACAUCAAGCGCCGGCCAGUCAGCAGCAAGCUCAGCAGCCACCCUCUCAGAAAGUGUCCAAUCAGCAGCAGGAGGGGCAGAAGGCAAUGCAAUCACAGCAGAAAGCUCCCUUGGCUCAGGGGAGCGGUCCCUUCGCUCCAACGGCUGCUAAGGCACCAGGGGAUGGAAAAGCCCCUUUUCAGCCCACUCCUGGCCAAACCACUACCCCGAGCGAAACACAAAAACAGCAAAAGAAUUUGGAGAAGGAUAAAACCACCUCCAAAACAGAGAAGGAGCUGGAGACCAAGGACACUAAGCCUACCCCAACUAUUACUCCAGCUAAAGAUGAGAAGAGGGAAUUUCAAAAGUCAAGAUAUUAUGAGGAGGCGAGCAAAACAAACAGCACCCAUGACCUAUCCAGGAGUCCCCAGAGCCUGAGUGACACUGGCUACUCCUCAGACGGCAUCUCAAGCUCCCACAGCGAGAUUAUCGGCCUUAUCCAGGAGGAGGAGAUGAAGCUGAGUGAGAGGGGCCUGACUGGCCUCCACACUCCCCCCAGCCCCUCCGAGAUCACCAAGCUGGAAAGCUCUAUGAGACCACUGCUGGAGUCCAAGGUGAAAGACCAGGAGAAGGACAGGGAGCAUGAACGUGGCAGAGGUCGACAUCACUCCCGAGACGCAGAUGACCGAAAGCACCGGCCCCACUCGCUAUCGAUAAGCCCAGAGGCCUACGACUCCGACGAGGAGCUGGAGGACAUCAUGGAGGAAGAGGAGGAUCUGGCGGACUGGGAGGCCAAACGAGAGCUUCGCGCUAUGGCUGCCGCAGGAGAGGACAGUGGUCACAAAAAGAAAGCAGAUCCCCCUGAGAUGACCGAUGAGGAGUAUAUGAGGAGACAGAUUAUGGAGAUGAGUGCAGAUGAGGAUAAUGAAGAGGAGGAGGAAAUGGAGGAGGAGGAAGAGGAAGAUGAGGGUUAUGGAUACCAAAAGUCAAAAAAGACACACAAGCACAUCAGCGAAUCAGGAAAAGAGAAACGGCGCCUCACACACCACUCGAGCAGCUUUGAGGAAGAAACCAAAUCAUCCAGCGAAGUGAAUAAAGGCUAUGCUGAGGAGGGAGAAGAGGACUUGAUGGCCUCACAAGGAGGACUGCGCCGAUUUAAAACCAUAGAGUUAAACAAUACAAAUAGCUACAACAGCAAUGAGAAUGACCUAAGCCUGGACAGGGAACCGGAGCUUGAGAUGGAGAGCCUCACAGGCUCCCCAGAGGAACGAUCGAGAGGGGAGUACUCCUCCACUUUACCACCAACCUCAUCCAGCUACACUUCUGGCACCUCACCCACUUCCAUCUCCUCGAUGGAGGACGACAGCGACAGCAGCCCCAGCCGUAGGCAGAGGCUUGAGGAGGCCAAACAGCAAAGGAAGGCCAGACACCGCUCCCAUGGCCCACUGCUGCCCACCAUAGAGGACUCUUCAGAGGAGGAUGAGCUGAGAGAGGAGGAAGAGCUCCUGAGGGAACAGGAGAAGAUGAGGGAGGUAGAGCAGCAGAGGAUACGCAGCACGGCCCGAAAGACCAAACGAGACAAGGAGGAACUGAGGGCUCAGAGGCGGAGGGAGAGGUCCAAGACUCCUCCCAGUAACCUGUCUCCCAUUGAAGACGCCUCCCCCACGGAGGAGCUGAGACAGGCUGCUGAAAUGGAGGAAUUGCACCGAUCCUCCUGCUCAGAGUACUCUCCCUCCAUUGACUCGGAGGCUGAGGGCUAUGAGGUGUCAUCCAAGCUCUACAAGUCAGGCAGUGAGUACAACCUGCCGACUUUUAUGUCUCUAUACUCUCCCACUGAAAAGCCUGAAGUGACCUCCUCUACAACUACCACGACUACCUCAUCGACUGGCAAGCAUCUGAAGAGUGCCGAAGAGGUCUAUGAAGAAAUGAUGAGGAAAGCAGAGAUGUUGCAGAAGCAACAAAAGCAGCAACAGCAACAGUCUCGCUCAGGGCAGCAGUACAACACAAGCGCCUAUCAACAAGAGGGAAUAAGGAACGGGCAGCAGUAUGAGGAUGAGUUUGAAUAUGUCGAUCAAGAUGAAACUGAGUAUGACAACGAGGAAAGUGGGGAUAUCUAUGAAGAGAUUCGUCAGACCUCCCAAACCAUCACAAAAGAGUUGGAUGAACAAGGGGAUGUAGAUGGGUCCUAUCCUGACAAGCACCUCCUAGAUACGGGCUCGGCUUUUGCCAAGCUGCUGGAGCAAAGUAAUGCCCUUCUGACUCCGGGCACUAGCCCCACUCAACUCUCAGCCCCCGUCUCAUUCGCUGAAACUGGAAGGGGCAUUCCUGAUGUACGUGUGACUCAGCACUAUUCAAAAGAUGCUCAGAAAGACCGACUCAGAAGUCAAGCUGGUAAAAAUGGCAUAACUCCUGUAGCUGCUGCCACUACCAUAGCAGCGUAUGGUGUGUAUGCUAGAGACGCCGUAACAGUCUCCCAGACCAGUGUCAGUCAAACAGUGACCUCAACACAGUCUAAUCUGUACGGCCGCCAAACUGGCAGCACUGCCACAACUACUACUACUGUCUCAAAUGUCUCCAGCAAAAUAGCAGAGAUAACUCAGGCAUACAGUCAAAGAGAUAGCUCAGGAAGGAGGGUGGCUGAGAGCAGAGGAGUACAAGUGAGAGACAGUUCGACCUCAUCUGAAACCAUAAUUGAGCCUCGCGCAACCAAAGUUUACUCUUAUUACAAAAGUACAAGUCCUCCCCUCUCCCCAACUACAUCACCAAUACACAGCCCAAGCCACCACAGUAGAAGGACAGCAGAAUUUUCAACCCAGACAUUCAGUCCCUCCAUUCCUACACAAGCAGGGGGUUCCCCUACCUCUCCAGUGAUGGUUCAGGGGACCCACACAGCCCACAGGGCAGUUUCUCCCCGUCUUUUCAGACAACAGAGCUCCCAGGAGGCUUCUGGUAUGGAUUAUGAUCCCACAAGUCCUUCUAGGCCAGCAACUGUCAACACUGCCACUUCUCCUCUUUCGUCACCCACAAGGUUUAGUCGUCAGUCCACUUUUGAUGCCUACUCACCACCUGUGAGCCCCCCAGACACACCCCCUCAUCACCAGGCACCUUCCCAUUCUGGAGGCUUCUAUAGGACCCACCGCGUUGAGAAAGUCAGUGUUGGCACAAGCAUGGUCACAACAGCAAGCACAUACACUCAUGGGUCUAUGUCUAUGGACAACAUAUCCCUCUGCAGAAUAUCUACAGUUCCUGGCACCUCCAGAGUGGAACAAGGUCACAUGGUUCAUGGUGGGAGUGUAGUAGACCUAAGGGCCCCAUUAAAGUCAGCUCCAAUUAUCAUGACAGACCAGGGGAUGGACUUAACCUCAUUGGCCACAGACUCACGCAGGUACUUAGGCAGUGCAGAGGGCAGCCCUAUUCGGCACUCCACAAUUUUCCAGCCUCUGAUCAUGAACCUCAAUGCUCAGGAGCAACCACAUGUUAUGGCUUCAACACCCACAACUGUGAGUGUCACUGUGGCAGCAUCUAUGUUCAUUUCCCAGCACCAUCAACCUGUUAUUUAUGGAGAUCCCCUCCAGAACAGAGUGGAUCUGGGUCAGGGUAUGGUAGCUGUGUGCCUGGCCCAAACAAAGCCUGCUCAGAUCGACCCUACGAUUCCAAAGAUUGAUGCAAAGCUUGAGGACUUGAGCAUUCAACAGGAGCAGCUACGCAUGCAGCAGCAAAAGCUCCAACAGCAGCAGCAGCAACUGGAACAGCAGCUUCAGCAGCACCACCAAUUGCAGAACCAUCAGCAAUCUACUUCCUUUGCGAGAUUUAACCUGAGCAAUCAGCCCCCAUUGCAAAAGAAAGACCUGAUGGUAAGCCAAACCAGCAGUGCCCAACCUGUUGUCAGUGCCAUAUCACCUGGUGUUGCACCUGAGAUGUACAGUACUGGAGCUCCCCUUGAGAUGCAAACUGCACCUGGUGUAGUAAACCUGGCCACUACUAAGCCUCAUGCAGUGAUGGUGCAGAUGGAUGGUACCGCACAAGGAGCUCCAUUUUCCCAACUUGUUAAGCCAGAAGAGGGUCAGGGUAUUGUGGAUCUUACCGGACAGAUUAAACCAGAGAACCAAGUAGCCUGCUGUGAUGUGGUUUAUAAUUUACCCUUUGGUGGCAGUUGUGUUGGAGGUCCGUUCUCACAAAAGCCAAGUGCAGAGGAAGCACCUGGUGUCAAUGAGCCCCCACGUCCACCAUCUGCACCUCCACAACUUUACCAACAAAUUGAGAUUGGUGUGGAGGCCCAACCUUAUCAGGAUAUAUCUAUGAAAUCCUAUACACUGCCCUUCCCUGGUCGGCUACAACCAUCUAUGUCCGACACUAACCUAGCUGAUUUAGGACUAUCCUCCUUCCAUUCAAAGGUCGACCCACACCUUCAAGCACCUGGAGAGCUCGCUGUGGACCUCAGUGCAAUGAAAGAUCAGAUGGGCAUUGGACUCCAGUAUGGUUCUUACACUGAUUUACGACACCAAGGGGAUGUGACAGUAGCUCCCCUACCUAUAAGAAGGUACAAUUCUCUAUCCAACAUUAGCGCAGACUAUGGAUACUCUGCCCGUGACCUUCGUGAUUUCCAGGAGUCUAAUCUUGCUCAAUAUAGUGCAACUACUGCUAGGGAGAUAAGCCGUAUGUGUGCUGCCCUGAACUCAAUCGACCGCUAUGCCAGCAACCCUGAACUUGCAGCACAAUUUGGUGCUGGAAGGGGAAGUGUUCCGCCAGGUAGAAUAAGUCUACCACAAGGCCUGGCAGCCCUCAGGCCUAAUCUAAUGUAUGGUCCAGAUGGAAAGCCUAUCUCUCACAGCCAAGCAUUAACCAAUCUCAUUAAUGCCAGGCAAGCAAGUCUUCGAGCACUGUACCCAUCUGCCAUAAGAUCUGCUGAUGGUAUGACUUUCUCCACUAUCAACACUCCCAUUGCCUCAACUGUGCCAAUCACAACACAACCAGCCUCUGUGCUAAGGCCAUUGCUAAGAGGUGUUUACAGGCCAUAUCCCACACCAAACAUGAUGCCAGUGCCUCUGGCCAGCCUCACUAGAAUGCCUGUGAUGACUCCGAGGAUACCCAUGUCUGGACAGGGCCCAUGCCGUUUCCCAGCACCAAGCCAGUUCCCAGCAACAACCGCCACUGCUUUCUUUGAGCCACCUCCAAUGACUACUGUUCAAGAUGCUCCCAUGUACCUUGGGAAAUCUCCUGUAAGUUCUGCUGUACCCGGGACUGUCACUGCACCCAUAUUAUCUGGUGCACCAGCGCAAGGCACCCAGCCCACAUCUGUGCCAGGCCUAACGCCCGUUGUAGUGCCAACAAACCAACCACAAGAGCAGCCUAUGAAUCUGACACAGCCCCAUCACCACACUCAGACAGGGCAAGGGCAAGCCCCCAGUCAGCCUCAAGCACCAACCCAACCUCAGCCUCCCAUGGCUCAUGCCUACCCGCCAACUCAUGGUCAGCCACUAAGUCAACCUCAGUCUCAGCCACCUCCAGCAACACCAGCUGCUGCCACCACCACCAGUGAUCCACCUGCAACAACCCCCAGUGCAGCAAAGGACCCAGAAGAAGAGAGACUUCAGCGACAACAGGAGCACUUGCUGCAGCUUGAGAGAGAGUGUGUGGAGCUGGAGAAGCUACGUCAGCUUCGUCUGCAAGAGGAACUUGAAAGGGAGCGUGGUGAAUUGCAACGGCAACGUGAUAAAGAGCAGAUACUGGUACAGCAAGAGAUCCAGGACCUGCAGUCAAUCAAGCAUCAUGUCUUGCAGCAGCAGCAGGCUGAGAGAGAAAAGCAGCUUGUCAUGCAGAGGGAGCAGCUUUCCCAGCAGAAAGCACAGCUUGACCAGAUACAGUCUUUACAGCAUCAACUGCAGCAGCAGCUUGAAGAACAAAAGAGACAGAAAACAGCUGCUGUAGCAGCUGCGGCUGCAGCCAAUGUUGUUUGCGACCAAACAGGCAGAAUUAUCCAGCAACACGAACUGGUCCCAGACAUGCAAUACGAUGCUCAGAUGGCUUCCAGGUCCCUGCCCAACUCUGCAUCAGAGAUGUGUUUACGUGAGGAGCAGGAAACCAGAGCUAUGAGGAAACAGAGGUCCAUGCCUCGUCUCCAGGAUGGAAGUGGAGGAGAGACAGUGCUGUUCCCCCCGACACGAAGAAAUGUGGACAGCAGUGUGCAGACAGAUGAGGAGGAUGGUGAGGAAAGGUACCUUAUGUCCAGAAGGAGACGUACCAGACGUAGUGUUGACUGCAGUGUCCAGACAGAUGAUGAUGAGGACAAGGCAGAGUGGGAGCAACCGGUCAGACGCCGGCGUUCCCGCCAUUCCCGCCACUCCGAAUCUGGGGCUGAUGCCAAGAAUGACUCCACAACCACCUCCACCUCUGCAGCUGCCAAGGUGACCUCGUCCAGCAUAGCCAUUCAAACCAUCCGAGAUGGUUCUUGUCAAACAGAUACAGAACAGCUGGGAAGAGUCUCCCCUGCCAUUCAGGUGACCGUGCCUGACCCAAAUAGAGUUGAAAUUGUCCACUACAUCUCCGGUCCCGAGAGGACACAGAAGGGCCAAAGCUUAGCUUGCCAAACAGACGCUGAGGCCCAGUCACAGGGAGUGGUUGUCCCACAGAUCAGUGUGGCCACUACCAUUAGCCCCUACUCCACUAGUGUCCAGCUUGUUGGUUCGUCAGACCCUCUCUCUUCUCGUCAGCAGGCAGCCAAGUUUGAGCGGCGAAGGCCAGACCCAUUAGAGAUCAGCUACCAGCAGAACCAUCUGCACAAUGAAUCUCUGUCUAACCUGAUCCGGCAGCCACCCAAGUCUCCUCAGGUCCUGUAUUCGCCGGUAUCCCCACUGGCUUCUCCUCAUCGCCUAAUUGAGACAUCAUUCGCAUCCAGUGAAAGGCUGAAUAAGGCCCACGUCACUCCACAGCAGAAAUCCUAUACUGCAGAGUCACCCCAGAGGCACUCCACUCUGCCUCGACCAAUGAAGAAUGUCCAGAGGUCUAUGUCAGACCCCAAACCUCUCAGUCCAACCACAGAAGACCAUGCGAAGGCCAGGUUAUCCCUCUAUCAUCAACAGGCACUCCAGAGUCAGCUGGCUGCCCUGCAGCAGAGCUCCCUCCUGAGGAAGGUGAAGCGGACCCUGCCCAGCCCCCCGCCCGACGAGACCCAGCUGUCGAUGGUCACCCCUGCCUUGCCCCAGAUGUAUAUGCCCUCAGUGCCCUCCCUUAAGGCUGGCACUCGCCCUGGCCUGAUAGCCAAGGCCAGCCUGCUGAAGGACCUGACCCACGAGCUGAAGGCAGUGGAGCAGGAGUCCACCAAGCUCCGCAAGCAGCAGGCAGAGCUGGAGGAGGAGGAGAAGGAGAUCGACGCCAAGCUCCGCUACCUGGAGCAGGGCAUCCAUUCACGCAAAGAGACUCUGGUAAAAGAGAGAGAGAGGCGGGAUGUGGCGUAUCUGCGCUGCAUGGGUGAUGCACGAGACUACAUGUCAGACUCUGAGCUCAACAACCUGCGGUUGGCGGCAGCUGUGGCGUCUUAUGAGAGAGAAGGCUUGCUGACAAGACCCAGCACAGCACCCCUCAGCCAGUUCUCCAGUGAGCUGAGUACCGCCGCCCAGUACCCCCCCACUUCAUCAUUUGUCUCCUACCAGUUCCCUCAGAGCCAGCCAGCUCCCGUUCCACAGGCACCAACCCCUUUCCAAACCACUGGAUUCAACCAGCCUCCCUAUCCUACUGUCUCCCAGGCCCAGGCUCUCCCUCAGCCUACCCCUCUGCAGACCCAUCAUCCUCUCCCAUCAUACCAGCCUCCAGGGACCUUCCCCUCCCAAAGCUAUCCACCAGGCCAACCACCUUAUCCAACUGAACACAGUGUGCAACCUCCAACCCAGCCAGGACAUCCCGGGUUCCAGCCUCCACCUCCUGGUGGUAUAACUCCUUACCCAUCCCACACUACGCCAUACCCGAGCCAGGCACCACCCUACCCAGUCAGCCAGGCGAGCACUUACCAACCUCAGGCCGACAUUCUCACUGUGCAUCAGAGGCCCCGACAGACCUCAUUGGCUGAUUUGGAGCACAAGAUGCCCACUAAUUAUGAGGUCAUAAGCAACCCGACAGUUGUAGUGACAACCACCGCCCAAGACACCACCUACUCCCAGAUGGGUAUGGCCCCCUCUUAUGGACAGUACGCAACAACCAUGGCAAACAGUUAUGGGCCAUAUUCCACUUCAGUUCCCAGCACUUAUGGAACCUACCCAACAACCACAGCAAGCUCUUAUGGGCAGUACACUACAACUGUGGCUGGCACUUAUGGCCAGUACACAACAACUAUCGCAAAUACUUAUGGCUACACUACAACUACAGCCAGUUCCUAUGGACAGUACACAACUACAAUGGCUAAUUCGUAUGGCCAGAUGUCUGACCGACAACACGCAGUCGACAGCACUUCCACCUAUGCCAGUGAUGGUCUGUAUGGCUCCUCCAACCUGGAGCAAAACGGUCCUAAGAGCUAUUUAGUGAUUGACGACAUCAGUGAGCUGACGAAGGAGGGCAUGGGCACAACCGCUGACCCGCACCGCAGCGAGGGCCAUGGGCGAUAUGGGGGCGACGCCGUCCACACACGAGGAGGGAGCUCCUACGGCCGACCAGAGGACGAGCAGCACGAAGACCUGUACGACCAUCAACAUGGCAGGGGUAAGAGCACCGGCAGCUACCAUCCGCGAGGGGCAGAUAUGUACGGCCGGGUAGUGGGCAGCAGUAGCAUGGGUGGGGGAUCGUCCUAUUACUAUGACGACUACAAGCACUCGUCUUUGCCAAGUUCACGUGCAGCCCAGAGGCAUACGUCCAAGAGCUUGGCUCCAGCUGUAAUGUCCACCAAGAGGAGCAAGCAUCGAAAGCAAGGCAUGGAGCAGAAGAUCUCCAAAUUCUCACCCAUCGAGGAGGCCCGUGACGUGGAAGCUGACCUGGCCUCCUACACCAUGAGCACCGCUACAACCAGUGGCUACGGUACAGGCUCCCGGUCGAGAAAGCUCCAGGAUGACUUUGGUUACCAGCUGCGCAAGGGCAUCUAUGACCCUCAGAGGGGCUACUACGAGGAAGACGAGCGGCUGCACAGCCAGGGCAGGUCCCGGUCCACCGGUUAUGUAAUGGACAAGGUCCCAACCAAGGACUCAGGCUAUCGGAGCAGAUCGUAUGAGCGGGACUACUAUGAGCGGUCAAACCGGAGUGGCUACAACCGUAGUGGGCGUCCCACCUUACGCUCGCAGUACUCUGAGGAGGAGAGUCCACUCAGUCCUACGGGGAAGCCCAUGGGCGUUGGACGUGGCUAUCUGGGGCCAGAUCCUUACAAUCCAUAUGGCUCCAGCCACUCCCUGCCAGACGUGCAGGACCACAUAAGAGACUUGCCCAGGACGCACGUCUACAAAUCUGAUGAUAUGUACAUUAUAGACGAUUACCAUUGUGCUGUUUCAGACAGCGAAGCCUACCACUUGGGCCAGGAGGAAACUGACUGGUUCGAGAAGCCACGCGAUGUCCGUGGCUCCCGUCACUAUGGCAGCAGUGGCCACUCGUCGGGCAGGCGGAGCCAGAGCCAGAGCCACGUCAAACACACAUACCACGACUACGACGAACCACCAGAGGAGGAUCUGUGGCCGCAGGACGAGUACGGCCACACCCGCUCUCAGUCCUCAACUCGAGAGCACCGUCACCAUGGCAGCGGGAGCACAAGCCGCCACUCGUCCUCCCGCCACUCGGAUGAGCCACGUUCCUCGCGAUCCUCACGCUCCUCCAAGGACCCGUCCGUGCGCCACGACGCCCGUCCCGUGUCCUCAUCUUCAGGAAAGAGGGGUGACUCGCGCUCCCAGGCCUACCCCGCAACAGACUACUCACGUGAUCCAUCAGGCCACCACCAUGGCCAGCGCUCCGGACGGCAGUCAUCCCACCACCAGGGCUCCUCCAGCAGGAAGCAGCAGCAGCAGGACCUCCAGGGCCAGCCGUCCUCCAGGCAGCCUGGCUCUUCCGGGUCUAGGACACCUGGUGGGCCUGCAGGCCAAGGCAGGCAGCCUGGGUCAACACUGCCCCCGGAUGCACAGCAGGGCCAGCGGGCGCAGCUUCAGCAGCAACACCAGACGUCGGCGGCCAGGCCAGGCCAGCAGCCACCUGUAGGGGGAGCCGCUGUGCAGCAGCAGCCAGCCCAGGCGCAGCAGCUCCAGGCCAAGCCGGGUCAAGCUGGCCCAGCCGCCCGUCCAGCAGCAGCAGGAGCAUCACCGAUCCCUGCUGUGGCUGAACCAAAACCCGUACCUGUCUCUGCGAUUGGAGCAAAAGCUGCGGCAGCCCAACCUGCCAAAGCCGCUCAGCCACCGCUCACUGGGAUAGGUUCCAAAGCCGGUGGCAUUGGUUCGAAGGCAGGCGGCAUUGGCAGCGCGGCAGCGGGGCAGCCUGGUCUGGAGGGAGAUAGCUUGCUGUCCAAGGUCCUGCCAGGAGGAGCCGCGGAGCAGGCCGGGAAGCUGGGCGAGGCCAUCUCUGGAUUUGGCAAGAAAUUCACUUCCUUAUGGUGAAGUGUGUCAACAGAGGAUUACUAUGGAGUUCAGGAGAAGGCUUUGUACUGGAAAAACCAUUGAAGUUCCCCUUCUAUGUUUUAAUUUAAGAGUGUGUGAAAGAGACUGAGUGAGAUAGAGAGGGAGAGAGGAAAUCUGAGUGCACUGCCAACCAGGAGUGGAACCACAGGACUCCUCACACUCCAGGCCUGAGCAUACUAAAACAGAGAGGCCAUACUGCUUCCCCCUGGCAGACCAGACAAUCGAUGCAAGGAUCCCAUCUAUCCAGUUAUCCGUAUUCCGGCUAAUGACCAAAUAGCCAAAGAACCUUGCCUUUGACCUCCCAACCUCUACAUUCUGUGACCCCUGAACUCCCUGCUUCUUGAGGGCCUCCGAUGCAGCCUGUAGCAGAAGGAGAGCGGACUGAGGGUUUCUUCUUCCAUCUAUUUGCCGCCAAGGAAAGAGAAAGCAAGGCGCAGAGAAAGUGAGAGAAAGAGAGAUGUCUAUUUCCUUCACGCUGUCUUUAUCCUCUGGGGGAGUCCAUCAGAGACCCGAAGAAUAACAAGAGGAUGGGGAAACCUACAAGGAGCCAUUGUUCUGCCCCCAGUUGAGAAUCCGGAGUUCACCGGUGUCUCUCUUGAGAAAGGCCACACCAGGCGCAUAUGCUCAAAACACUGCCAGGGAAAACAAGAUGGAGUGUGCCAAAAGGGGUCUUUGAUUCCAAACUCCUGUGCUCGGAUUAUGAACUUCAAACUCCCCUCUCAUGUGUGAAAGAGAUUAAAAAAAAAAAAAAAAAGAUACAAAGAAAAAAACGAAAGAACUUCAUUGGUUUUUCCAGUACUUUAAAAGCCUUCUGUUUUGUGUGGAAUAGCAUUUACAAAGAAAGUGGAGACAGAAAAAAAGAGAAGUUGACAACGACAACACAAAUGUCUUCAUUGUAUGCUAAGUUUUUAUCUCUACAUUCCAAAAUGGAAAAAAAAAAUCCCGCUUUAUUUCUGAAUGCAGACUACUUCUCGUUCGUUCUUACUUUCGUCCCUCUUGCGAUGUGUUUAAAGAAGUGUAAAGUGGAUCUGGACUGCAUGUUACUUUAUAUCCAAGACCUUACACUGUUCACCAUGUCUAACACAGUGGCCAUAAGACAUUGAAAAAAAAGAUAUAGUUUAGCUCGGAAAGAGAGAGCAGAGGAUGAAUAAAUGGAACAGCUGUACAUGGGAGAGAAGACCGAACAAACCGAGGAUGGACUGGCUCUAACGUCGGAGCCCGCUAGGGCCUUGGUUUGUCUCUCAGCCAUUGCAAAGCCAUUAAGAAACCUGGCCAUGACGUCUGGGUCUUGGGAUGGGUCCCAAUACACCCACAAGUUAUUUUGCAGUCCUGGAGUUUCUUACAUUUUCGUCACCGUGUUAUUGUGCUUUAGUAAGUUUGCCUCAUGUUGUUUUUUGGUUGGAGAGAUACGUCGCCUUAAUUUUUUUCAGUUGUCUUUUAAUUUAAUUGAUAUACUUGACAUAUUUUGUAUUCGUUAUUACCAUAAGGCUUAGUUUCUUUACACUCUGGACACUCUUUGUAUAUAUCAAUAAUAAUGAUAGUAAUAGUAAUGUCAAGCCAAUCAUCGGUGGAGAGUAUAUUUAUAGUUUUGUAUUUUGAUUUAUGCUUUGUUUUUUUAAGUCUUUAUAUGAAUUAUGUAUUGUUUAUUUUUCCAGUCAUCAUUAUUUUUUACAAAUACCAUUCUGCUUAUUUAUGUUGAUUUUUUUUACAUUUUAUUUGUGAAGAUGUAAAAAAAAAAAAAAAAAAAAGCAAUAGUGCGUGACAGUCAGUCCGUCAAGAGCACAAGCAUGUGACAUUUCUAAACUAGUGGUGAGGAAUGUGACACUCUGAUAGUGACUCUGAAAUGCCCUGUUCACUCAUCUCUGGCAGCUCAAAUCUGUCCACUGAGCCUCGAACUGCCUCGAAGGUUCCCAUUUCCCACAAGGCUUUUGUUGGACACAGUCUGGCUCGCCUCUUUCAAAGACAGUUAUCGAGCAUUGAAUCCCCUGAACCCCUGUAGAAAAGAGAGUGGUUGUAAAGUCCUGUAUUUCCAGAAUGGGUUGAACAGAAAAUGUGAAAACUAAAAUAACAAAAUGGUAGUCUGCCCAUCCUCUUGAAGGCUGCUGUCAAAUAGACUCAGACACCAAAUUUUCGUAUGUUCACAUGUUUGGGAAUUGAGGAUUCCUAUCUGAAUCUACUGAUACACACUGACAGUAGUGGUGGAAACUUCUAAGGUCUGGUUUCCUCAAUCUUCUAUGGGCUCUGGCACUGUCUGUUCAUGACGAUCUGUGUUCGAGAGGUAAGUGGACAGAAUUGGGGCCCAGAUGAUGUGAUCACAUCGUUCGUACGAUCAAGCAUGUUUUGGGGGGGAAAAACUCCAGUCACCUUGAUAUCGUUGUUCGUUUCCUGUUGGUACUGAGUGUGUGUGUGUGUGUGUCUGUGCGACAGGGUGUGUGUGUUUGUAAACAUGCGUGUGUAUGUGUGUUUCUGUUCAUUCAAAAACAAACAGAAUAUGAGAUAUAAAAAUCAAUCAAAUACAGGGGAGGUCAAGAACAACUCUUCAUUUUAAACGUUCUAUGCAAUGAUUACUAUUUGGUUCAAAACAGAAUAGAAACAACAUUAAAUAAAACACUUGUCAUAUCUAAGUAAAAUAGAAGAAUAGUUUUAAAGUAAAGGGAUUGACUUAUUUGUAAAUAGCCACUUGUAAUGUCAGGAAUUGAACGACUCAAAAAAGUAUCUAUAAAUAUUUAUUAUUUCGUUUUGGAUUUUCGUGGCAUGAUUGAACCCCCCUCACACAUUCCAUUAAUGGGACCCCUCGCAGACAGGGUUUCCAGUUUCCACCAUCUUCACGCAUGGGUUUGUGGCUUGCAUGGAGGUCCCCGUGGUUUGGUUUUGGUCCACAGUGUGUAAGUUACCUGAACUCCAGCAUUCAGCUGCCAGAUUAUGCACUUGUUAUUCCAUUAUAAAAAUAUAUUAAUAGAUAUAUAUAUUAAAUGAAAUGUACAGCUGAAUAAAGAGAUAUGUUGGAAAAUAUAAUAGAAGAUAAAGGAAAUUAUGGAAAAUAUAUAAUAUAUAUACAAAUUGAGAUAAUAUAUUGUGUACAGCUAUAUACAAUAAAUGAAGGGACAAAUCUGUAUAAGAUCUUCUCAAACGAUGGGAUGUCCACAUAUGUUGACUUGGUCAUGAUCUAGUGCCAUUGUCUGUAGUCCAUACCUUUAUUGGGGCAUUUGAACUUAAACUGCAGGCUAUGGGAGUUUUUGUGCAAUAUGAAGCAUGGCUGGAAUCCACUCUGGCACCUCUGCUCCAAACGUCUUUUUCAACAGACUUUGAUUUCUUAACUGCCAGGUGUCAUUCCAGUCAUUGUUAUGAAUCCAUUUGCCCUGGAAAGGCUGUGGACUGUAGACAAUACUUCAGAGCAGAGACAGAAUUGUGCACUCACAGGCAGACAGAGCCUUGACAACUUGUAGGUUCACCUCUAAACUUCACAAAUACAAAGUGUAUGUGUCACAUGCAGCCUUUAAAAACAGACUGGACAGACUGAAGGAGCUGUGUGCCGUCCGUUUAAAAUAUAUAAUUUAAGGAGAUACUUGUCCAUGUUUUAGAUUUGUCCAUGUUUACAGUGUUUAAAUUCUGACGAUAGAUUCACAAUAGAAAUGUGUGAAUGUGAGGGGCCUUUAAAAAAAUAACAUGACCAAGCAACUAUGUGUUCAUCCUACAACAUGCAAAUCCACGCUGUACUGCUAUGUAUAUGUUGUCAUAAGUUAGAUGUAUAAAGAUUUACAUAUUUUUUGUAUCCAUAAAUUUAUUAAAUAGCCAUCUAAAUAUUAUUUUAUCAUAAAAUAAAUAGAUGUAUUGGCAUUGAUUUAUCUAUGUGACAGAAAAUAUGGAUUGGGAGUAAAACCUUUAUCAUAAUAUCUUUUUAAAUAUGGAAGUAAAAUAAACGUUCAUCAUUCUCGUUUAUCAUAUUGAUGUAAGCUUAGUGGUUAUUUUUUCAUAAUAGUUUUGGCUAUCCCUGUUGUACCACUGAAAUGGCACACUGCCAAAAGAGUUUCAGAGAUGUAGUCUAUCUACAGGAGUUCAUAAUCACAAUACAAGUCUAUAGAGGUUGAGCUGUGAAAAAGUCAGUGCAUUUAAAAACUGUUUGUCACCAUUUAGAAUGACUGGUGUGUCGUGUCAGAGGACGUUUAUUUUUGUGUUCAAUCUCUUUUUGCCUCAGGAAAGCACACACUAAAUGCAGCAAGGUGAAUCAAAAAUGGGGACGGCAUAUGCAUCGCAGUAAGGGCUCAAUACAAUACUGGUCAACAGAGAAAGCCAUUUUCUUACCGUCCUGUCCCAUCCUGAACAACUGUUGCCUGGACUAUGGGCCUCUGACGUCAAGAGUUCGACUGGGAAAUCUAGACCCAUGUCUCGUUUUUUUAUGCCUACCAAAAAAAAGUAAUACUACGAUUAGCAUCGUAGCUGUGCUGAUUUGCUCCUUGUCUGAGUCACCCUGGGUGGGUACAAUAACAAAGAGCCACAGAGUUGAACACAUAUGUAGUGUUUGUGGGUGAGACCGAUAUUAAUGCUAGCAGGCUCUGACACAUUCAAUAGACAACCCCUUCCCCUUUGUUCAUCCUCAUUCAUUACUACCAUCAGGGAAAACAUCAUCAACUACACUUUUUCUUAUUUUUAUUUCUUAUUUGUUCAUAAAAGUAACAAGUGCAUGACCUCUUGCAGCAGGCCCCCCUGUUUUCCCCCAGUGCCAUCUGGAAGCCCAUGGGCAGCCAUUUUCCUCACUGUAAAUAUCAGGAAAAAGAAUUGUGAACAGCUCUGUAAAACAUGUAAAUCUCACGUGUACAACGAUCACCAGGCAUGGAAAGCGUGUAGUGUAUGUCACACAGACCGACCUGCCAAAUGAUGUGCUUUUUGUGUAUGAAAAAAAUAAUUAAAAGAGAAAAAUUAUGACACAUUGUUUUCCAAAAAUGAAUUAAAACAAAAAAGCAUAGUGUAUGUGGCCAGCUCGUGCAGAAAAUCUUUAAAAGUUGUAUUUGGAAACAUUAUUGGUCUGUGUAGAGUUUCUAUACAUGUUGUGUUUGUAAAAUGGGAAGAGAAAGUAAAAAAAAAAAAACUUCUUUCAAAAGAAAGACCCUGGCUUCCAUCUAAUUAGUGAGUGGGGGAAUGAAUGGAAUAAGAGAUUCAAUCGAAAAAAGAAAAAAAACUGAAAAUCCUAAAUGAUUUUGAAAACAAAUGUUACAUUCACUGUUGUAAGUGCAAUGAGCUAUAAUUCAUGUAUCCAUCGUAAACCUUGUGUAUGUUUCAGUGUAUUCCUGUAAGCAGUUGUAGUAGACUUGGUGCAUCAUGUCAUGUAAUGUGAUGAAUGAAAUAAUGAUCCUACAAUACAUUUCAAUCAGGAAAAAAGAAUAAACGAGAAUUUGAAAAAAAAAAAA